AAUAGAGCGAAACGGGCGGGUUGAGUUGGUCCGACUCCGAGUAUUGUUCGGGUCGUUCCCCAAUUUAAUUUGUUAAAAUUAGGUUUUCGAAGUAGCUAGGGUUCUUCUUCACUGUGUUUUUUCAGAGUCAGUGAUAAGCUACUAGCAACCAUGUAUCUUCAGUUUUACAUCAAUGACAAUGGUGACAAAGUUUACACCACUAAGAAAGAGUCGCCGCUCGGAAAUGCUACGCAAUCUGCUCAUCCUGCCCGGUUUUCACCUGAUGACAAAUACUCAAGGCAGAGAGUUCUUCUGAAGAAGCGAUUUGGAUUGCUACCAACCCAGCAGCCACCUCCUAAGUAUUAAGCGGUGUACAAGUUCUAACUGUUAAUGUGUUUGGAUUCACUUCAUAUCGAAUCUAAAAUCAUGUAUCAUGAAACUACAAUAUGUAGCUUUUGCCCUUUGACUUGCAUUGGUUUGUGUGGCAAAUUAGCAUUCAUUCCGUAAUUAGCAGUGUUGUUGAUCUGGUGCUGGUAUUAAGAAAUUGAAUCAAUUUUGCCA